CGCUGCUUCUAGAAAUGACCAGUGGGUGGUACAACAACAACAAUUAAAAGAAGAGCUGAAAGCGUGGAUGAACACACAGUUGUUCAACAAUGUCUGAGACCAUGUCGUCUCAGAGGAAGCCCUCGGCUAACAAGAAUAUAAAGAAGCUGCGUACAUUGACCGUGGUGUGCAACCUGGCACGGAGUUGGCAACAGUGGAUAUGUGAGAACGAAGAAAAGCAGGCUAGUGAACCCAAAGGCUGGGCCCCAGACAGCAUUGACAAGGGCAACGCUGAAAAGCACGAACCAAAGAAACCUGCAUCUAUUGAGAAGAAGACAAAAACGGCUCAAGACAACGAGAGUGGAUCAGAGGAUUCCCGCAUUAAGACCAAACAGGUGGUGAAAACAGUGACACGAGAUGUUCAAGAGAAGGGUGCAGGCAUUGAGUUCCUGACCAACCGCAUUUGUAAAGACCCAGCGGAAGAAGAGCUGGACAGGAUGCUGAAAAAGAGUUCACCCACCCUGCGCAGGAACUGCUCCAACAUGGUGUCAGAGCUUAAGCAGAGCUGGAACGUAGCAGAAAAUGAACGGAUUUCUGAGAACCAGGAAAAUGCGGAAGAGAGAGAUACAGACUCAUCAUCCAUCAGGAUCAAGAGACCAUCAUCACUUGGGUCCAAGAACGAAGUAGAGGAUGCCAAUAAAAUUAAUGCUCGCUCAGGCAAGUACAGCGCCGUGGGGAGCCUCAAGAGCCGCUGGCAAAACUGGGCGUCAGAGCACAACGAGAGCCAAAAACUCAACCCCUUUAGCGAGGAUUUCGAUUACGAGUUCUCCAUGUCCUUGCGUCUGCGGAAGGGAGAGGAAGGCUAUGGCAGGCCCAAGGAGGGCAGCAAGACGGCAGAGAGAGCCAAACGGGCUGAAGCGCACAUCCAUCGAGAGAUUGAACACAUGUGCUUCAUCAUCAGGACUAUGGCUGGCCCUGACCCGGAUGGUUACGUCCGGAUAACCUUUGGUGAGCUGUUUGACAGAUAUGUGAGGAUUUCAGACAAGGUAGUGGGCAUUCUCAUGAGAGCCCGGAAGCAUGGCAAGGUGGACUUUGAAGGAGAGAUGCUGUGGCAGGGUCGCGAUGAUGGAGUUAUCAUUACACUGCUUGUUUGACACAAACAUGAUGCCAUUUUAUAACAUAAUGCACUCUGACAAAAAAAAAAAAAAAAAAGGAGCUUUGAUUUUGCUGCUAGAAAUGGGAAGAAGUAUUAAUAUAUAAUAAUGGUAUGAGGGUGGCGCUGAUGUUACUGAUAAAUCAGUUUUAUUUUAUUGAUGGAUUAUUGUUAUUAGUAGAUUAUUAUUUAAAUUUCUCAUGAUUUUAUAUGAACUGAUGUUUUUUAAACACAUUAUUUUGAUGUAUUUAUCUAUGACGUGUGUGCAUGUUUGUAUUUGCCAGACAAUAGACUCCAGUCCAAUUCUGUAUUCAGCAUGCCCUGGCUGAUUUCCACACGUAAAUCAAACGUGCUACGUUUUACACUCACAGCUGCAGGAGAGAAGAAUUUUCGGGCAUAAAGGUGAAAAGUCAAAUAAUCCUGGUAACAUGAUCAUAUAUUACAUUCAUUCAUUCAUUCAUCUUCUACCGCUUAUCCGAACUACCUCGGGUCACGGGGAGCCUGUGCCUAUCUCAGGCGUCAUCGGGCAUCAAGGCAGGAUUCACCCUGGACGGAGUGCCAACCCAUCGCAGGGCACACACACACUCUCAUUCACUCACGCAAUCACACACUAGGGACAAUUUUCCAGAGAUGCCAAUCAACCUACCAUGCAUGUCUUUGGACCGGGGGAGGAAACCGGAGUACCCGGAGGAAACCCCCGAGGCACGGGGAGAACAUGCAAACUCCACACACACAAGGCGGAGGCGGGAAUCGAACCCCGACCCUGGAGGUGUGAGGCGAACGUGCUAACCACUAAGCCACCGUGCCCCCCAUAUAUUACAUAUAAUGCUAAAUAGUGAGGUGACGAAUAAUCAGCCAUCAUGUAAGGAGUGUUUUUUCCCCAUUUUAUUCCCCAGUAUUAACCCCUUUUUACACUUGUAAAAUAUUUUUCUAUUCAAAAACGGAAAUUGUAUUAUUAUGAAAUGCCACCUGUCCAUAUUUGGCUCCUAUAGUCUAUAGUCAUGAUGACGCCAUCCCUCGAGCAGGCAGGGUGUCAUCUAAUUGGAGGUCUGCUUUAGAUUACUCCAAGCGAAUACAAAGAGAAUGUCAAAGGCCUGCAAUAAGCCACAUACAUCACACUUUACAUUAUAUGGACUAUUAAAAUUAAACAUGGUGUUUUAUGAAGACACAUUAUGCCUCCACACCUUCAUCUUAGUUCAUAAAUGGGUCAGUGAGCUAAUGAACAGGUUUCAUUUAAAAUACGUGCAUCAUCGAAGAGUUUGUAAUGAGCAUUUACAUCCACCAGCCCGAGCACUGGAAUACGGAAUAUCCAUUAACUUCCCUUUGCUUUCUGAACUAUUCAUGAGAUCUGAUGAACUGUGAAAAACUGAAAUUUAGUAGUAGGUCUGCUUUUUAAGAAGAUCUGCUCAUACAGUAGGCUACAUUUUACAUUGAAUAAGUCUUAUACAUGAAGAAAACAAGUGAAUGUGACAACAAGCCAACAGAACGCUACUAUGAAUGCAUAUGGAGAAAAUACUGACACAGGACCUCAUUUAUCAAGCUGGAUACAAGCACAUUUAUUUGUAAAUCCUUCAUGGGAGAAUUUUAUUGGAAAAAAAUUGCAUCCCAAGAGAGGAUGUGCAAAUUGACAUAUAAGGAAGCUCACUAACAUGAUCCUGGAUUUUAUGGCGGUGAUUCAUGUAACGUGUGAUGAGUUAAUCAUUGUAAUUAAUUGGAUUACUUUGUCGGCCAUUUCGUGUUCACGAAUGAAGAAAAUCGUAAUUAAAAUAAAUAGAAUUAUUGAAUCAACACAAAACAAAAGUCUUCAUGUCCUACAAAGUUGCAUUAUUGGAACAUAAUCACACACCAUACUUAAACUAUAAACUUUUAGGUUUAGAUGCACAGUAUCCUCCACCAUCAACUAAAAAUACAGAGGCACUUUAAAGCUGUUCUGGUGGAUUAUAGUGGCCCAACACACAUGUUGGUUUUUUAUUUGUCACCCAUUUAAUUUGACAUGAGUAUAAUGAUGUUCCUUUAUCCUUAUCACAUCAAAAGUGAGGUUGUUAACCCAGUGCUUAGUCAUUGCUUCUUCAGUUCAUCUAUAAAGGGAACUUAUUAGUGAAGAUAAAGUCAGCGUGAAGUAUUUUAUAGUCAUUUAUAUAGUCAAUUAUAGUAUUAUAUAGUCAUUGGCGAUAAUAAAGGCUUCUAUGCCCGCCGUUCUUCUUCUUCUUCUUAGAUAUACAUUUUUAUACUAAAAUGCUUAAAUUCUAAGAAAAUAUAGGUUGUCUGAACCACUGAAAAUGGAUUAAACACCAAUGCAAAUACAUCAGGUCAUAAUACAUUCCUGCAAAGUAUCAGUCAUAUCUGAUAUCUACAUAUCUACAUAUCAUGCAAUGAAGUGUUUUCAGACUGUGCUUGACAAUAGACAUGCAAUUAUUUUGAAUGACUUUUGACUGCCCUCUACCGGCAAAAUGGCAUAACUCCAAUUUAUUUAAGUUGCAACGAGCAAAGUCCAGGAUGAAACUGCCAAGAAAAAAUAGCUGUAGUGAAUACAACGACUUGUGGUAGUUAAAGCCAUAAUAAAGUUCCUUAAAAAAUACAAAUGUGAUUUGAAUACAGAUGUUCUUUGAUUAAGACUCAGGUGUGUCUUCUACCUGUGAUAGCAGCCUACAUGUGAUUGUUAUGUAACCAGUGAAAGCAAAUGCUUACCUGACUGGUCUUGCAGGACUGUAUCAGAAAACACUUGUAUCUGGUUUCAAAAUCAAGCACACCAAACAACGAGAUUGUUUCACCUCUGGAUCAGAAAAGCAACA